UUGGAUACAUAGUGUGUAGUAGUCAACAUUUGUUCCUGAUGGCCAUAUGCCUUGUUCUCAGAGAGAGGAAUGACAGGCAGGCAGAUCUAUUGUGCUGGUAGAGUUGUCAAGGUUUGGAGGAGAGGUUCGACAGGUGUAGCUCCCAGCCUGAGACCUCAUGAUGUUGGGGAUAUUCAGUACUCCAGAUGAAGACACCAUCUGGCCAUCUUUGUCGAACCACUGUGCAAGUGGUUCUCGGUUGGAGUUUGUGGUGUCACAGGAGAGGAACAGUGUGCCUCCCUCAUUGACUGUAGUUGCUCCC